UCCUUUGUGAAGCACACCUUCUCCUGCGUCAAUGGCACCGUCUUCAAUCAGAUGUCCUUCACGUGCACCCGCCACCAGGACUCCAUUCCCUGUGACUCAUCGCCCAACUACUUCUACCUGAACAAGCGCAACGGCGACCCGAAGGCCUUCUUCCUUACCGAGGAGGACAUUGUCAAGCCGGGAGCUAGCAACAACAACGGACACAGCACAAGAAAUGAAGGCAGCAGCAGCAACAGUCGCUCUCUUCAGUCACUGUACAGCAAUAGCAACCACCUCCCUGAAACCGCUUCCCACUCGCUCUCCAGCUCGAGCAGUCGAGCGGCUAUUUCCGCCCCACCCACUGCCAUUUCCUUGCGACCCACAUCUUCAAACGCCUACUCCGCUACCUCCUCCUCCUCCUCCUCCUCAUUAAGCGCCAACCACCGACCGAGCAUCAGCUUAAUAUCUUCAAAGUCGCUAGCUGAGCAGGAGGAGAGUUACGGCCUUCGACCUGGUCGACUGAUGGGCGGCGACUACAAUGAAAAUGAUCACAGUGGAGGUGGCAAUUCGCUGAUCACCAUUACAGGUGGAAAUAGCGGAAGCAGCUCUAGCUCCAGUUACGGCAAAGUGGACCCGUACGACAUCAGCUCAAAGUACAGCAACAUCAAGCCGGGCGUCAAGUACAGCAUGAAGGCAAUCAAGUCCAAGUACGAG